UUGUCGUGUUUAUUUUAUUGUGUUUUGUUAUUCAUGGACUACAGACAUUAAAAUCCGCUACGGUUAUUUCGUACUGGUUAAUCGUUUAAAUGAAAAAUAUAUUGACAUUGAAACUUCACGCAUGCGCAUUCCGCGUUACGUAUUUCGUCCUGUCAAUGCUCCAUUUUAACACGUGUGUUUAUUUUAGUGGCAUUUAAAAAUGUAUUUAUAGUAAAUAGUGUAAAUUUUCGUUGAAAAUGGCUACUGACGUUGGUUUGGAUGUGAUCUUAGAGGAAAUAGGACCGUUUGGAAGAUAUAAUAUUAUAAACUAUGCAUUUUUGUUAUUUCCAAUAUUUUUGGCGGGAAUGUACAGUCCAGUUUAUGUGUUUGAAGCUCCUGAUAUUGGUUACAGGUGUAAUGUCCCUCAAUGUGCAUCUCAAAACGACACCUCAUGGCUAGAAUUUGCAAUACCAAGGGAAAAGAAAGAUUUUUCGCGCUGUAAGCGAUUUGAUGUAAUAGACAAUACUACAACAUGUAGUAGGGAAUCAUUUGACGUGUCAAUAGUCAAAGAAUGUUACGACUUCGUGUACAACGAUGAAGAUUCUGCAGUUCGCGAUUUUAACCUUGGUUGCCAAGAUUGGAAGAGGACUUUAAUAGGUUCAAUACACAAUAUGGGUCUUUUUGUAUCACUACCUAUGACUGGGAUUAUCUCUGAUAAGUAUGGACGAAAGGUGGCUUUGUCAAUAGCCUCUCUGAUGAAUGGCAUAUUUGGCUUCCUAAGAUCCUUCUCAACCAGUUACAUUAUGCUACUUAUUUUUGAGUUUCUUGAAGCUGCGUUGGGUGCCGGUGCCUAUACUACUGCGUUUGUACUAGCAAUGGAACUUGUCGGUCCAAAAGGUAGAGUGUUCGGAAAUACAUUAAUUAAUGUACUCUACGUGUUUGGCCUCAUGACGCUGGCCAGCCUCUCCUGGUAUCUUCAAAGUUGGCGAAAUCUCUUACGUAUCAUUUAUUUUCCUGCGACUUUCGUAUUUUCAUACUACUGGGUUCUGAACGAAAGCGUCCGAUGGCUACUCACCAAAGGCAGGCAUAAUGAAGCCGCAGCCAUUUUGAAGAAAGCAGCGAAAAUGAACAAAGUAGUUCUCUCCGAGGACGUGUUCACGCCAACUCAUGAGUUAGAGAAACUAACAACAAACACAGAAAAGGACAAGGCGGACGAAGUAGAUGUAGUAGAAACAGAUUCUGUGUUUCUACGAGUGAUUAAAUCAAGUAUUAUCAGGAAGAGAGUGGCAGUGUGCUCGUUCCUAUGGAUUACAUGUACAUUUGUGUAUCACGGUCUUUCGAUUAACUCAGUGUCGUUAGCUGGAAGUAAGCAUGUGAACUUUAUUUUGGUGGCUUUUGUGGAGAUUCCAGCAAAUUUUGCAUGUCUGCUGGUACUAGACAGAUUCGGAAGGAAACGUGUGCUAAUAACGAUGUACGUGCUCAGUGCAUGCUUGUGCAUCACUCUAUCAUUUAUACCCAAAGGUCAAAAAUGGUGGUCGCUAGUGGUGUACCUAUCUGGAAAAUUCUCUAUAACCGUAGCCUACAGUUCUGUAUACAUAUAUGUAUCUGAAGUCUUUCCCACGAGAGUUAGGCAGUCGUUGUUAGCGGUCUGUUCUUCAAUUGGUCGAGUUGGAUCUGCUUUAGCACCGCUGACACCUUUGCUUGCGCUUACAUACGACAAUCUACCAGCGAUAUUUUUCGGGAGCCUUGCACUGAUUGCCAGUGUUCUUGUCUUCUCACUCCCGGAGACCAUAAACCAACCUUUGCCUGAUACAAUAGAAGAAGCCGAAAGACUUUCAAAAGGAAGAAGAAAAGAAUGCGCCUGAUUCUAUUAAACUUACUUAAAUUUAA